AAGAAUACUCCAUUUACUGUUCGUGGCGGCCCACAGUCUAGUCUAUGGUGGUGGAGUAGCCUAGUGUAAGCAAAGUGGACUGUAAAUAGAUUGUUCCAUGCGUAAUCUGGACGUCCAUUUAAGUUGCAAUGUAUUGAUACAAGACAGACCUUUAUCGCAAAAGUGUGCCAAGCCCCUUGCCUCUUGCUAGAUCCUGGUGAUGUGCCAUGGGGUAUGAUGUUACCAGGUUUCAAGGAGAGGUGGAUGAGGAUCUGCUGUGUCCUAUCUGUAGUGGAGUGUUGGAGGAGCCUGUGCAGGCCCCUCAUUGUGAGCAUGCCUUUUGUAAUGGCUGCAUCACACAGUGGUUUGCCCAGCAGCAGAUAUGUCCAGUUGACCGCACAGUGGUGACGCUUGCCCACUUGCGUCCAGUACCGCGGAUCAUGCGAAACAUGUUAUCCAAGCUGCAGAUCACCUGUGAUAAUGCCAGCUUUGGCUGCACUGCAACACUGCGUUUGGAUCAACUUCACUCACAUCUCAAGGAUUGUGAGCACAAUCCAAAGAGACCGGUCACCUGUGAGGAAGGCUGUGGGCUAGAGAUGCCCAAAGACGAAAUGCCUGGCCACAACUGCAUCAGACACUUGCGCAGUGUAGUGCAACAGCAACAGACCAAGAUUGCUGAGCUGGAGAAGACCGCUGCAGAACACAAGCAUCAAUUGGCUGAACAGAAACGAGACAUCCAGCUCCUGAAAGCAUACAUGAGGGCCAUUCGCAGUGCCAAUCCCAAUCUGCAGAAUCUUGAGGAGAGCAUUGAGUACAAUGAGAUUUUAGAAUGGGUGAACUCUUUGCAACCUGCACGUGUGACCCGCUGGGGUGGCAUGAUUUCUACCCCAGAUGCUGUGCUCCAAGCUGUCAUCAAGCGCUCUCUCAUUGACAGUGGAUGCCCACUAUCCAUUGUCAAUGAUCUCAUCGAGAAUGCUCAUGAACGCAACUGGCCGCAGGGCCUGGCCACACUGGAAACGAGGCAGAUGAACCGGCGUUACUAUGAGAACUAUGUAGCAAAACGCAUUCCUGGUAAACAAGCGGUGGUGGUAAUGGCCUGUGAAAACCAGCAUAUGGGAGAGGACAUGAUCCUGGAACCAGGGCUGGUCAUGAUUUUUGCCCAUGGAGUUGAGGAGAUUUUAUAAUUAUGAACUCAAUGUGGAAUGAAUCAAUGAACUUAUUGUGGAAUUGGGGUAGCUUAUUUUUUCAAGUGUCAAGCUAUAGUUCCUUUUUUAUUGUUUCAUGAUGGCAUCAAUAAAAUGCCUCCAUCAUAAAAUUAUGUUUUGUACCACAGCGUUUUCUUGUCGCUCUGUUGAGGCUUGGAAGCAGGAAAAGGAGACAUUUAAUAAGGCCACCAACUUCAUAAGCUCUGGAGGGUGCAUCCUCCCUUUGCCUUACAAGCCCCAGUAGUUUAAUACGAUAAUUACGUUAUCGAUUGAUUGUACAAUAUGAAACUAAUUUUUAUAAUUUUGCCUUUGAAUUAUUGUGUGGUUAGCGUAAAUCGGUCAAAUGAGUUUUUGGGACAAUAUAUUGUCCAGCAAAAAUAGCCAUCAUGACGGACCUACCAAAAUCGAAACCAGUUAGAUGCUUUAUUUUACGCCGCUUUAUCACUGAUUAUGACCCACAAAAAAAACAGUGUCCUUUUACCUAAUGUUAGCAGUAGCACAGCAGGGUUUGUAAAUUUCAGAAAUGUUUUUGACCCGUAGUCAGAUGUUCUACCAAAUGGGAACAUGCUCUUGACCUUAGAGGAUACAAAUAUGCAAGUCAACUCUGAUAUGAAGAAGAAUGGCAUAUUAUGUAAUUUGUUUGUCAUGUUUUAAGCAGUUAUAAGAUGUUGAUUUUAGAUUAUAUGGGCUGGAAUGGAAAAAAUGCUUUAAAAGCCCUGCUCUUAGAACCAAAUUUGCAGAUCCAAUCUAAUCUGAAGAUAAAAUGUGGAACCUUUUUGCAUUUAAUUUGAUCAUGUUAGCAUUCAUUGUCUGCUUCAUUUUUGGGCAUGGGACACCAUGGACUUGCUGUGCUUUAUGUAAGUUUAAGAACAUAUGUAAAUAUGUAGCCCACGUGUUGUUCAGUUUUAUGGAUACCACUUCAUGCAUAAAUAUGUGGUAACACCUGUAUCAAAAGUUGUGGAUUUUUUUUAAAUAUUGUAUUUCCUUCAAUGUGCUUGAAUAUCCAGAGGAAAUGAGUGGGUUCAAUCAGGUUAUACUCGGUGAAUCCUCAAUGUGAAUCCUUAAGUGGAUACUCAAUGUAUUUAAGUGUGCUGUAACAGGAUACGUCUUCUGUAAUUUCUGUAUGGUAUAACCAAUGAACACCUUACUGCGUGUGUGUGUGGA